AUAAAUUCAAAACCGCCCCCCCCCCCCAACCCCUCGUCCGCCGCCGCCAUGGACAGGGCCCCGCCGCGCGGCGCACCUCGCGACGCCGUCGGCCAGCGGUGGCUCGCCGUCUUCUUCUUCCAGGCCGCGCUCUGGGCCGCCGCCUCCGUACUCCACCUCGCGGUCUCCCCGAGCCGCCGCCACCCUAACCUCGGGGUACCCCCGCCCUUCCUCCUCGGGCUGCACGCGCCCCUCUCCUGCGCCGGCACGGGGCUCCUCGCGCUCGCCUUCCUCAUCUCCGCCUCGCCCCACCCGGGCCCGCCGCCCGUGCCGAAGCUCGCCCUCGCGGCCUCCCUCUUCGCCUCGGCCGGUGCGCUCUGCGUGGCCGCCGCGGCGUCUCUGGUCCCCGAGGACGCCGGAUGGGCUGCCGUCGCUGGGCUGGGAUUCCGCGGCGCUGUGUUGGGCGCGGUGUUCGCCGCUCACUACUUUGGGCGCGGGAGGUGGUUGCUCCAGUUCCCCGUCGUGCAGAGACCUAUGUUCUAUGGAUUAAAGAUGGGGCUUCUACCAUCUAUUAAAAGGGCUCUAAAGAUGUCGCUUCAGGUCUUCUUGCUUUCACUUGUCCUGAUUCUUAUUCUUCCUCGGCAAUUCAGAAUGGGAGGAUCCAUUGGAAGUCAAAUUAUCACCCAAAUCGCUAUUUUUAUAGUGACCACAGGUGUUUCCUUCUGUUGGGAAAUAAGCCAUCAUUUUGUCCAGGUUGUGCACACAAGAAGAUGCAGUUUUACUCCACCUCAGAGUUCUGCUGCUGCAGAGACUAAUCCGACUGAUUAUAUCCUCGAGACUCUGGAACUAAGUAAUCCACGGUCGCUGAUGCAAUAUCUUGCAUUCCAAGAUUUGUGUGCAGUAUCUGAAUGUAACAUCGAACCUUGGCGUCGAGGUGCCUUCUUUGAGGAAUCUGGUGAAACUUACAAAAGAAUUGUGACAGCCUGUUUGAAGCCACUUGAGGAGUUCACUUCAAAAAUUGCUGAAGCACUUGAAGGGUUUACUAGUGAAAGGCCAGAACUAUUGUUACAACAGUCUAAGCUCUAUGGUGCAUUUAGUGAUUCACAGAUAUGCUCAUGGUGUGCUCGGACAUUGGCGACAUUAACUGCACGCUCACGACAAGAGGAUCGCUAUGGAGUUGCUCAACUCACUGGCUGCAAUGCUGCUGUGAUGUCUACUUUGCUGUCUGCUCUAGUUGCGGUUGAAGCAUGUUUAGGGAAGAAAACUAACCCACAACCUGCGCACUCACUGGGUCCAGCAAGCAUUAAGUGGGGUAAUAACUUCUCCACUGCAAGAAAAGGCAAUGUAACUGCCAUCGCAAGCACACAAAGAGGUGGUCUGCACACUAAAGCUCAUUCAAUGGCUGAUGUUUUCCGGACUUCAAUUUAUCAGAUAGUCUCAGCCUUCUUGGAUGACAUGCGGGCAAAUGCAAAAGCUUCGAGUUUGGAGAAGAAUUGGAUCAGUGAAGGAAGAAAACCUAUAUAUGGUUCACGUGCUGUGUUGGUUCAGAAGUUGAGCUUGUUUAUUGAAUACCGAGCUGUCUGAACUCUGUGUGAUGUCUCUCAAAUCGACAGUCUGUUGGGGUGAAGGAAUUUUGUCAUGAACCAAAAUGCUUGUUUGAGUGAAGUUUGGAGCUGCCGACACUACUAUCUCAUCGAGGUUCAGGAAUAUUUGUUUUGGCACUAUGAUCCACUGGCGAGAAAUCAUUUUCCAUUCCCCAUCUUUUGGAGGACAAGAAGGGCCAUGACCUAUUAUUAUUGUGAUUUCUUGCAAAACUAUCUCACUAUUUUUCAAUUGUUGGAAGCAUCACGCUAGUGAAUGGAAAAUUAAGCGCUCAAUUUUGCAUGGUACUCGAGAGGUGUUAGUAUGUUGCUGUAGUAGGGGGAAUGCCGAAAUGUCUUGGGCUAUCAGUCCACUUGAUUGGCUUGUCAGAAUGGCCAUACUUGCACUGUAACUUAUUACGCAGUAGUGCUAGUCAAGAUCGAAUGAUUUUCUUUA